CUGCCUCUGCCUGGCGACCAGUGGCCAGCCAGCCAGCACAACUUGGCACGCGCACGCGCAAGCUCACCAAAUUACAUUUUAUUCAAAUAGAAUAAAUAAAAACAGGAGAGGGAGAGAAGGAAAGACGCCCUCGUGGAGAGCGGGGCGAUGGCCGCCAUCUACGGGAAGAUCUUCGUGGGCAUCUACGUGGAAAUAAAGCGGAGCGACGGUCGUAUCCACCAAGCGAUGGUCACGUCGCUGCACGAGGACAACGACAGCGUGACGGUGGAGUGGAUCGAGAAUGGCGACACCAAAGGGAAAGAGAUCGACCUGGAGAGCGUCUUUGCGCUGAACCCGGAUCUUGCCCCUGAGGAAGACGUGCCCCCGAGUCCAGAAACUCCUCUUCCUCCUUCCAACAUCGCCAAGCCCAGCAAAGUGCCCAAGACCCGACGAACUACGGCCAUACCCAAACCUGAAAACGCCCCGCGGGAAAACCGAGCUGCGGCAGUGGGAACCACCCGAGCCCGUCCGAGCCAGCACAGCCAGCCCGUUGAGCCCCCUCCUCCGUCCAUCACCACCCAGCCCACAGCAGCAGCAGCAACGGCAGCAGCCAACCAAUCGCUGCUCCAGCAGCAGAAUGCGCGAAGGAAGUCCAACUGCGUGAAGGAAGUGGAGAAGCUGCAGGAGAAGCGAGAGAAGCGCCGACUCCAGCAGCAGGAACUCAGAGAGAAGCGAGCUCAGGAAGUCGACGUGAACUUGCCAAACUACGAGAUCAUGUGCAUGAUCCGAGACUUCCGGGCCAGUUUGGACUACCGACCCUUGACCUCCAAUGACCUGAUUGAGGAACAUCGGAUAUGCGUGUGCGUGCGUGCCAGGCCCCUCAAUAAAAAAGAACUGUCCGUCAAAGAUCUGGACGUGAUCACCAUUCCCAGCAAGGACGUGGUGAUGGUCCACGAGCCCAAACAGAAGGUGGACCUGACGCGCUACCUGGAGAACCAAACCUUCCGCUUUGACUACGCCUUUGACGAGAACUCCACCAACGAGAUGGUCUACAGGUUCACCGCUCAGCCGCUGGUGGAGACCAUAUUUGAGCGGGGAAUGGCCACCUGCUUCGCCUACGGACAAACAGGAAGUGGGAAAACACACACCAUGGGAGGCGACUUCUCCGGGAAGAACCAGGACUGCUCCAAGGGCAUCUACGCACUUUCUGCCAGAGACGUCUUUCUCAUGUUGAAGAAGCCGAUCUACAAGAAGCUGGACCUCCAAGUCUUUUCCACCUUUUUUGAGAUCUACAGCGGGAAGGUGUUUGACCUGCUGAACCGCAAAGCCAAGUUGCGUGUGCUGGAGGACGGCAAGCAGCAGGUGCAGGUGGUGGGGCUGCAGGAGCGGGAGGUGAAAGGCACCGAAGAUGUCCUCAAGCUCAUCGAAGUGGGAAACAGCUGCAGGACGUCCGGCCAAACCUCGGCCAACGCCCACUCCUCGCGCAGCCACGCCGUCUUCCAGAUCAUCCUGCGGCGGCGGGGCAAGAUGCACGGCAAGUUCUCCCUCAUCGAUCUGGCGGGGAACGAGCGGGGCGCCGACACGUCCAGCGCCGACCGCCAGACGCGCCUGGAAGGAGCCGAGAUCAACAAGAGCCUGCUGGCCCUCAAGGAGUGUAUCCGAGCUCUGGGUCGGAACAAACCGCACACUCCCUUCCGGGCCAGCAAGUUGACUCAGGUGCUGAGGGAUUCCUUCAUUGGCGAGAACUCUCGGACCAGCAUGAUCGCCACCAUCUCUCCCGGAAUGGCGUCCUGUGAAAACACCUUGAACACGCUUCGUUAUGCCAACAGGGUGAAGGAGUUCGGCAUCAGUCCCUCGGAUAUUCCCUUUUCGCAGAGCGCUCGCUCCGACCUUUCUCCCACUUACGAAGCGAAGGAGCUGUCGGUGGAGCCAGAGACCGUCACGGACCCUCUGACGGCUGAACAAGUCAACCAGCUGGAAGUCCUGGAGGCCCAGUGGGGCGUGGGAAGCUCCCCGCAAAGAGAUGACCUCAAGCUGCUCUGCGAACAGAACGAGGAGGAGGUCUCUCCACAGCUUUUCACCUUCCACGAGGCAGUCUCGCAGCUGGUGGAGAUGGAAGAGCAGGUUCUGGAGGAUCAUAGAGCAGUCUUCCAGGAGUCCAUACGCUGCCUGGAGGACGAGAAAGUGUUGCUGGAGAUGACGGAGGAGGUGGACUACGACGUGGAGUCGUACGCAACGCAGCUGGAGCAAAUCCUGGAGCAGAAGAUUGACAUCCUCACCGAGUUGAGAGAUAAAGUCAAGUCUUUCCGCUGUGCGCUGCAGGAGGAGGAACAAGCUAGCCAACAAAUCACCCCCAAGAGGCCUCGUGCACUUUAGACACACGCAGGCACACACAUUGAAAGAUCCAAAAGCUCGUCGUCACCGUUGUACACAUUAGCGUCGUCGUCACUCUUCCGUGUUGCAGUCAUUUAUACCGGUUGCUACAUUUAAAAAAAUAUAUAUUUUAACUUAUUUUUUCCCAGCCAAUGAGGCUUUGACCGUCGACGACUACUCAACGUUUGAGGUUGAUUAAUAAAGUUUUCUGUGUAUAUAAAUUGAGCGUGCCGAUCAAACCAUUCAGCCAUUUAAGUGUGGAGAUUACCCUCCAAAAAUGUAAGUAUUCAUUUGAUAACACCUGAAACACAAUGCUCGUUCAUAUUACAAAUAAAUCAUUUCCAUGCAGUCCUCCGAGCAGUUGCAUGAAGAAAAAAAUGGAGUAGCUGGUUGACCCCCCCACCCCCCAACAUUGUGCAAUGCCGUAACUUCAUAAAGUCACCAAAGAGGAGUUUGUCAAAUUGGUUUGAGACGGACUCACACCUGACAAAAAUUGAAGUGUAGUUUGUUACUUUACUUUAUUGGUGAUCAUGAAUAAAGUGCUCAAAUAAUAAUAAACUCAUAUGUUUAAGUUCUAAUAACCAUGUUGUAACUGAACUAAAAUCAUAUUGUCAUUAAAGAAAGAGCAAUGAUGAAA